AUGCGCCGCGCGCAGGAAACUUCCUUCGCGAAAUGCACGGCGCGAUUUAACGGAUCAUCGAGGAACGCGGAUGAUCUUGAAGCAUUUAUCGAGGCCACCGAAGUCUACCGCGACUGCACCAACGUCAGCGACGAGCACGCGCUGCGCGGCCUGCCGAUGCUGCUGGUGGUAGAGGCCGCCGUCAGGCGACAAGGAGUGAAGUCGUCGAUUACGUCGUGGACCGACGCCCUACAACGACUUCGAGGGAUGUUUGGAGUGCCGCGACCCGGUUAUAAAAUACUCCGAGACAUUUUCGCUACCGAACAAAAUAGUGAAAGGGCCGACGACGUACCUAUUUAUUUGUAA